GAUAAGAUUGAAGCCACAGGGUCCAACGCCUCCGUUGCGGUUGGAAAUUGCAGUUCAAAUGGUGAUGCGCAAUCUCAUGCGGAGAUUUGUUCAUUUGGCAGUGACCAUGCACCCAAGGUUAGGAAACCGUAUACGAUUACAAAACAAAGAGCAAAAUGGACAGAGGAGGAGCAUCAGAAGUUCCUUGAAGCCUUGAAAUUGUACGGCCGAGGUUGGCGUCAAAUAGAAGAACAUGUAGGCACCAAAACUGCAGUUCAAAUUCGAAGUCAUGCUCAGAAGUUCUUCUCUAAGGUUUCUAAGGAGUCAUGUGGACCUAGCGAAGGCUCCAUCAGGCCUAUUGAGAUUCCUCCUCCCAGGCCUAAGCGGAAGCCUGUUCAUCCUUAUCCACGAAAAUCAGUGGAUUGUCUCAAUGGAACACCAGAAAGGUCACCGUCCCCACAAUUUUCGGCUCAAGGGAAAGACCAACAAUCUCCUCCUUCAGUAUUAUCUGCACAGGGUUCAGAUGUACUGGGGUCUGCAGCUUUGGACCAGCAUAACAGAUCUUCAACCCCGACUUCAUGUACCACUGACAUGCGCUCAACGGGCCCAUCCCAUUUUGAAAAGGAGAAUGAUUAUAUGGCGUUCAGCUCAUCUGCUGAAGAAGUGCAAGGGUCCUCGCCAUCAGUCCAGUUAUCUGCUGACUCAGUCUUGGAAAAUUUUCCGUCCGUGAAUUACAGAUCAGCUUCCAAGCACACUGUGAGUACUGAAGAAGAUGCUGGCCAUUCAGGAGCUUCUGCGAGCAUUAAACUCUUUGGAAGGACAGUUUUGGUACCAGACUCGGAGAAACAAUCUCCAACUGGUGCCGAGGAUUCUAAGACACCGACAUCAAAGGUGGAACAAGACAAUUGUGAGAGGGAGAAUGAUAAGCUUGUUCAAACACCAAGAUCAGAUGCGAUAGAUACGAGUUUGACACUUGGUGGGAUUGUUGGUAAUUUGGAUCCAUCGGCAUGUGGUGCUAUAACUGAUUGGGAACACCAAAAACAUAGCCCUAAUCCUGAAGCUCCUCUGCCAUGGUGGGCUAUGUAUCAUGGUCUACCGUACUUCCACAUCAGAUCAUGUAACCAAAACUCAGCUCAAAUACAAAUACGUGUAGAUUCUUGUGCGGACAAAACAAUUAAACAGACGGAAAGAUCAUUUGGUAGUGCAGUGGAAAGUUUAGGAGAGAAGCACAUAGAGUCUGUGAGUUCAUUACGCGAAGAAACUCGUUCGGCCCCCUGCAGUUCACGGAAGGGGUUUGUGCCGUACAAAAGAUGUUUAGCAGACCUAAGUAAGAACUCAUCUGUCAUAGUUUCCGAAGACAUGAGGGACAGGCAACGGGCUCGCGUCUGCUCGUAGUUUUGCAUUCUAGAUGUUCUGUUUUCAAGUUUUUAGCAAUACCCGUUUUGAUUGAAAGUUUACAAUUCGAUACGUUCCUGUCCGAUGAUGCUGCAUUUAUGCAACAAGCAAUAAUAGUAACUUACUUUCUGGA